UCAUCUGAGUGAAAGCUAGCCUCAAAAAGAGCCAGCCUGUUCGAAUCCAACGUGAUUGAAUCUGUUGGCUAAAUUUCUUGACCUCGAAAUUCAAAUGGAUGGUCCUCGUCAUCAUCGUCUUCCUAUCCCAUUCUUCUAAAUAUAUAUUCCAUUUUUUUCUCUUUCAAUUGAUCAUGCCUUUUGUCCCUCACUGCAUCACUUGCGGAGGCAAAUUGAAGAAUCGCCUGGGCUACGCACGGUGGUGAAGGUGGGGUGUGGUUGUUCUUCAGAGAAAAGUCAGCCUCUAAAGCAACCCAUUGAUUUCGAUCUCGCCGCACCGCCUACACCUUCAAUCUAUGCUUCUUGAUCUGGAAGAGGAAACCAUUUGGUUCCAGUUCAUCAGUUCCCUAACCUAUUAGACGAAUGCUGCUAAUCCCAAGAUGGUUGCACAAAAUUUUGAAGUUGAUCUUAACAAGCCCCUUGUUUGCCAGGUUGGUUAUCUUGGAGAAGCCUAUGAAGAGUGGGUUCACCAGCCAAUUAUUAGCAAGGAAGGACCUCGAUUUUUUAAAAGUGAUUUUAUGGAGUUCUUGACACGCACAGUCUGGUGGGCAGUUCCAGCUAUUUGGUUGCCAGUUGUGUGUUAUUCUAUUUCUGUCUCUGCAAGAAAGGGCCUUGCACCCUCUCAUGUGGCUCUCCUGGUGAUCCUGGGUCUUUGCAUUUGGACUCUGGCUGAAUACACUCUACACCGUUUCCUUUUCCACAUCAAAACAUCAAGCUAUUGGGGAAAUACCUUACACUAUCUUGUUCAUGGUUGCCACCAUAAGCACCCCAUGGAUGGCUUGAGACUUGUUUUCCCGCCAGCUGCAACAGCUAUAUUACUUGUCCCGUUCUGGAACUUAAUCAAGCUCUUAUCCACCCCUUCAACUGCUCCAGCAUUACUUGGUGGUUGUUUAUUGGGUUAUGUGAUUUAUGAUUGUACCCAUUACUACUUGCAUCAUGGUCAGCCAAAGAGUCAUGCACCCAAAAAUCUCAAGAAGUACCACUUGAACCAUCACUUUCGCAUGCAAAACAAAGGCUUUGGGAUCACUUCACCACUGUGGGAUAGGAUCUUUGGGACGCUGCCUCCAUCACUAAUAGGCCAUUUUCCGGUGGUGGGGCAUUUUCCUUUAUAGCCCGUUUGGUUCUUGCGUGUAAGUGGAUUCCCUGUAAUCCCAGUACAUUUUGCUAUUCUCAUUGUUUGGUUUUUUUGUUUUUUGGCCAAAAAUUGUUUGGUAGGUCCUAGGUAAUGUAAAUGAGAUUACAUUAUGUAAAGGAGAUAAUCUCAAAUGCUGGAAUUUGGAUUACAUCAAUGGACUUGUGUAAUCCCCAUUCCCACUUCCUUUAUUCAAUAAUACCCCUCCCAAUUUGGGUGCCCCUCCUCCCACCCUCUUCCUCUCUUCCACCAGCAUUUUCCAUCUUCCACAUCUCCUCCACCAGCGGCACUCCUCCACCAGCGUCACUUCACCAUUUUUUUUGAUGAUCGCGAAGUUUUCAACACUGAUAUUCUCCUCCUCUUGCAACACUUUUGUUCUGCCCACAACUGCCAACCUGUUCCUCCUUGCACCACUGUCGUUCUUCUCCGGUUGUAGACCUUGUUCUUCUCCACGACCAUUGUUCACAUUCGCCAUUGUUCCCUUCUUAAAUUCUGCACUGUACUCGUCAUUCAUAUCUCUUUCUUUCCCAUUAACAUUCUUCUCUAGAUUUCAUUUUUAAUCCUCAUCUUCAAAUUCUUUUUUCAUAUUGUGGGUUUUUGGGUUUGAUUAUGUUGCUAUGUAUUUUGGUAGAUUCUGAUAAGCAAUGGUAAUGUACGGUUGGGAAGCAUUAAAAGAAAGAGGAAGAUCGGGAAGGUUUUUUGUCUUCUUUGUCUUCUGACCAAGGCUACAAUGGUCAUUUCACAAUUCUUUUUUUCAUGUUUUUAAGAUUAAAAAGGUAUUCAUUCUAACAUGUACCAAACAAAUAUAUUGUAAUGAUGAUUGCAUCAUGUUACAUUCUUAA